UCAUCCAUCCUCUCUCUAUGCUGCCCUCUCUCCCUCAUCCCUGUUUCCCCCUGUCCUUCUCUCUCUUCUUCAAGCCAUGACUCUUUCUGCUGCAAAGAAGAAGACUCUUCAGUCCUGUGAGCUGCUGAUGUGGUUCAGUCCUGCCAAAGCCGACCACUUUCUCUUUUUCUUUCCCACCGUCUCCAUCUCCUUCCCUCUGUCUUCCUUGCUCCUCUCAUAUUCCUUCACUCCUUCUCUCUCCCUCCCUCCCAUUCUCCUACCCUCCCUCCCUUGCUCCCCCUUGAUCUCCUUCCAUCUCUCUCACCCUCGCUCUCCCUCUCUCACUCAGAUGAGCCUGGAAGGCGGAGAGCCACAGAGGUGCGAGGGGGAAGAGAGACUCAGACUCAGGAAAAUUAGCAGCUCCCACCUCUCUCUUUACUCCCUGUCUUCUUCAUUUCUCUCUCUCUCUCUCUCUCUCUCUCUCUCUGUCUCUCUCUUUCUCUCUCUCUCUCACACAAACACACACACACACACACACGCACGCACACGCACGCACACGCCAGAGGAUUAAAGAAACUUUGCUGGAGGAUGCGCUCCUCUCUCUCCUCUCUCCUGCCGAGUAAGGGAGAGCGGGAGCGGCUGUCGGAGCGAUCCCCGGCGUGGGGACCGUGAGACUCAGCACCUCCCCCCCCCCCCCCGGAGCCUCAUGGAGCGCGCCUCUCCUGUGGACCGCUCCGACUCGCAGCCCAGCACAUCGCCCGAUACAACUCACUGAAGGAGGGAGAGAAGCGCUCACCCCUGUCAUCUCCUGACCUGCUGGCAUCUGAAAAAGAGAUGACCCAGGAACACUUUGCUCAGAGAAACGACGUCCAGGCCUCUGAGAAACAGCAGUUCUGCCCAGCGGGGAUUUCCGGCUGGAGGAAACGCUGCUUGUACUUCUUCCUGCUCCUCCUCAUGAUUUUAAUCCUGGUCAACCUCGCUCUCACCAUCUGGAUCCUCAAAGUCAUGAACUUCACUAUAGAUGGCAUGGGUAACCUCCGAAUUACACCAACGGGCCUGGAGCUGGCGGGGGACUCUGAAUUCCUCCAGCCCCUCUAUGCCAAAGAGAUCCAGUCAAGGCCAGGUAGUCCUUUGCUCCUUCAGUCUUCCAGAAACGUGUCAAUCAACAUCCUAGAUGGCAGAAAUGUGCCAGUCACCCAACUAGUAACAGGGUCAAGUGGAGUUCGCGCAUGUAGCAAGCUCCUGGAGGUGAAAUCCAACAGCGGAAAGCUGCUCUUCUCCGCUGACGACCGGGAGAUCGUGGUGGGAGCAGACAGGUUACGGGUCCCCGGUGCUGAGGGAGCCGUGUUCAGCAGGUCUGUGGAAACGCCGCACGUCCGAGCAGAGCCCUUCAAGGAGCUCCGGUUGGAGUCUCCCACUCGGUCUCUUUUCAUGGAGGCACCCAAGGGGGUCCAGUUACUGGCAGAGGCGGGGGACAUCCAGGCCACCUGCCGAAAUGAGAUGCGCCUGGAAUCCAAGGAUGGACAGAUAACGCUGGACGCCAGCAGAAUCAAGCUCCCUCGCCUGCCUCAGGGUCAGUCCUCGUCAGCCGGACCCAAGCACGCGGCGUUUGAGGCGUGCGUGUGUCCCAACGGGAGGCUUUUCAUCUCACAGGCCGGAACAGGCUCCACCUGCCUGACCAGCACCAGCAUAUGCCAAUGAAACUGAUGGGCGGAGUGACAACCAGACUGACUGACAGGUGGCCACGCCCUCCAUUCCCCUCACCGGUGGAGAGAGACGGCCAGUUGUUUGUGAUUCCGACGGCACAGAUGCCAGGAUCGUACGCUUUGUGACCCGGUCAGCAGACGGUGCGGUCAGCGUUUCGUGGUCAGCAUUCGGUGGUCCUCAUUAGUUGUUCAGUGAUUCCUGGUGAGUUCAUCGGUCAGCAUGGGAAGAGGCAGAUCCAUGAGGAUGGCGAUGAUCAGAGCUCUGCUGGGCGGAAGGAGGAUACCAGAGGCUUUCUUUCUUGCAUCCACCUCACCUCUCCCCGCUUUCUUCUUUUACACUCCAUCUGAAGACUAAAAACAGCACACAACUCUUUCAAUUGCACUUAGCUCACUUCCAGUAAAGCCACCAUGACGUUCCUGUGUUAAGGAUUAAAAAAGAUUCCUAAACAAAUUGACAAACCCUGUCAAUCACUGACUUGCUUGUGGCUAGUAACUUGUAACUUGUUUGUCGCUCACAAGUAAAAUACUUCACCAUGGAGAUCAUGAACAAAAAUAAUAUAUGUGAUGUUGUUGGUGGGAUUGAUAUGUAUACUGAUAGGAUAAUGAGUGAAACAGCACAAGGAACCAGGAAGAGGAUCAAAAACAUGGGCCAUGUCCAGGAACAUAGAACAGAAGCACCAUGCCCAGCUAAGUGUGGACCCCACACAAAGCUAUCCAAUGAAACUGAAAUGCUCAUUUCAUAUGGAGCUCUUCUAAGUUUAAAAUGAAAGUUUAUUAUUUUUGGCUCCACCUAUUACUGAGUGACAUUGUACAGUGUAAAUCAGAUAAUCAAUCUUCAAUGUAUCUGUUUCAGAGUAUCUGUAAAGUGGUUGCUGUACAGUUUUUUAAUGCCCAGAAGUCUGAAUUUUUCUUAUACAUCUGGUGUCUCAGUAAUGCUAAAUGUAUUUGGCAAGCCAUGAAGCAUCAAAACUACAUUUUAAUUUCCCUGCAAACUGUGGAUAAUCAGAAUCAUUCAAGCAAAUAUUCCCUGUUAGGUUUGAUUACCAAUGAGAAGACGAUCUCCCAAACAUAGCCACAAAUUUCCAUAGUCUGACCAGCUGUGACUCUUUCAGAUACAGCUUAGAUCAGCCUGUGUCAUUAUCUGUAACAUCACCUCUUUCCCUCCCACUAUGAGUCUAAUCUCUGAUCUGCGCCCAGAUCUGGAUCAUCCUCGGUCUCUCUAUGUGGUUACUCUCAUUCUUGCCGGGGCUCGAAAGAAACAUUCUGGGUCACAGUUAAAGCAGGAUAACGGGCCCAGGAAUGAACGGAACCAGCCUGGUCCACUAUGGUUAACGGGAAACAACAGGGCCAAGUAAUGAAAGAGAACCAUUCAGGCUUAGUACUAACUUAAGCAAUCUGGACCAGUACAGUUGAAGAGGGCAAUGGCGUCACUGCCUUAAUCUCAGGGCCUCUGUUCAAUCUGUCACAGACGAGAUGUCAAAUUAUAUCCUCACUGCCAGCUCUAGCCAAACAUUUGCUUCCAUUUUAUUAUCAAAUGAGUCAUUUAAUGAGUCAUUCCUCCAUUGGAAUGUUCUUCUUUGUUUUAAUAUUUUUUCUCAGAAGAAAAGAACGAUCAUUUUAUAUUGACUCGUAAAUGCAGUCUCAUAUGUGUUAAAUUUGAUACACCCAGGAAACAGUCCAUAAAAUACAUAAAAAAUCUAUAAAAAUGAAUGAGUAUUUUUAAAAUAUAAUAUGUGAAAUGUUGCUACAGAGAUGGUUGUACAUAAUGAGGGCAUAUUUAAAUGAGAAAUGUUUGUGAAAUGGACCAGCAUUCAGAGGAGCUGUGGAAAUGAAACUAGAAUAUUACACUCUCUUAUCAUAUUUUGCCGUUUUUAUGUAUAAAAAUGUUUGCAUUUGGUGAGUAUCAAUGUGAACUACAAGAAAGUUUUCUGAAUAUGUUGUUGUGAGAAUAUGUCCCAUAGCUCAUCAUAUUCAAUUAACUGGCCACAUAUGAAAUAUUUAUUUCUUCCUUUAUUUCCUUUUUAGGAAGGUGAGUGGGUGAUAAAUAGAAUGAAUAUAGAAAUCUUAGAAUUUCCCAUUUUAAAAUUUACUUUUUGUGUGUGAUCACAUGUGGUUUUCAGUCAAAUUCAAGAUUUUGGAUUUGAAUUGAAAUUUUAGGAUUGAAAAAAGAUGGAAAUCUCCAAGGCAUAAUGCUUACAAUGUUGUGAUAUAUUGAAUAAAUAUAUUUUUACAGAAUAAAAAACUCCUUGAAAUAAAGUUUGUGAGUGUGCCACACAUUUUGAACAAGGAUAUUAUUUAUGUAAUUUUACAUUGAUAAAUUUGUGAAUUUGCAGAUUGCCGAAGUAAACAAAGAGUAAAGAGAAAUCUGGCAUAAUUUACUCAAAGUAUGAUUGAAUUCUUCAUGAAGCUUAGUCAAUAAUUAAAUAAUUAACGUAGAACAAUGUUUUCAUAAGCCGUCAAUAAGCAUUUGAUCAUGAACAUUGGUCAAAACUUACGUCAAGUGGCAUAUCACAUGUGGAGAACAAUACUUCAUAAAAUGCGUUGCAUCAACUCACUUUCUCUCUUCCUCUAACUCUCUUGCAUUGUCUUUCUUUCUCUGUCUCUGUCUCUCUCACAGACUCACAAGCUCAUACAUUUAUUCACUCACAUCCUCUCCCACACUCAGAUGUAUAUCAGAUGAUGCUGGAUUCUAGGUUUCAAUGACAAUUGCUAGUGUGAACUCCAAGAUGGACUGAUUAAAGGGAGUCCAAUAGGACGUCCGGUUCCCCAUGGUUCACUUGAUCUCAUGCCACUGUUCUGUUCUCCUUAGAGAAACUCUCAGAAUGUUCUCUGAUCUGGGGUCAGUGUUCUUCUCAGUGAGGCUUGUUCUGAGUUUCACAAAGAAAUGUGUUCCAGAGCCACAGAGAAGUGGAGUAUUCAUAAACCUGCUUCACCCUUGUGUUAUUGAAAGCCAGAAAGUCAUGGCAGCAUCUACUUAAAUAUAAAAUAUGAAAUUAUUUGCGUUGCAAUAGAUUUGCGUCAUCUAGUACAUCCGUGUGAGCCCUUCAGUGAAACAGAAAAAGUGAAAAAAAGGCUAGAUUUCAUCAUUGCCGAUACAGAUUUGCAGAUUUUCAUCAUUGCUGCACUGUAUCUGCAUCAUUUAGCCACACUUGACUGGCCUUAUUUUAUCAUAGAAAUGUGUAUACAUAAAAGUUUAGAAGAUUUUUUUUGUUUCUGUUGUUUUUUCACAUUUUUCACUGAUUAACAGGGGAUCUGAAAGAUUUUGUUUCUAUUCUUGGUUGUGUUAAAAAGUAUUGAGAUGUUGUUUUUGGACACUAUGGCUUAAUUCAAAAAGGAUAUGGUAACAAAGACACAAAUGCUGUCAGUCUGUAACACUUGCAACUCAAAUUACAUGUUUAUGUCAGAUGAAUGGCAAAUCUAUAACAUUAUAAAAACAAAUCACUACACUUGAGUGUGCUACAUCAGAUCUGGAAUAUGGCGUAUUCUGUUUCCUACAAUAAAGGCAGUUCAAAGGGAAUUUGGAAUACAAAAUAAAAGAAGAUUCACUUCAACCAAAAAUGAAGGCGAGUGCUAAAGAAGAAAAAUUAUUUGUUGUAUGUGCUUGCAUGUUCUUUCAACUGCAUGGGACUAAAGGUGGUAUUUGUUUCAUAUUCACCUUCAGACUGCAAAAAAAGUUCAGCUGUUUCUAAAUGGCUCUAUAUUCCUCCAUAAAGCUUCAUGUUUACAGUCUCCCAUCAUGUCCACUGAGUUUACAGAUCAUUUCCUUUGUUAAGAAGUUGUGAUCAAAAAGACGAUUGCUUCUGACCAUGGAUAAUUUUAUACCUUCUAUGCAAACUGAAAAGAUAUUCAGAGCAUAACAUUGCAGUAAUGCCGUGUGUGUGUGUGUGUAUGUGUGUGUGUGUGCGCGUAAAAUUUGUAUUCACUUGCAAUCUUGUGAAUUGUGUUCUUUAAUAACAUGAAUAAAAACAUCCAGAGUUUUUGAA